CUUAACUUAUAAAUCAGCUAUUUCGGUAGCAGCGAUUGGCCUUAUUGUAGUCCGUGAGCGUCUUUUUCUAAAUAGAUAUUUCCUCCCGCUGCGACCAUGGAGCAUAGCGAUGCAGGGCGUGGAGGAUGGAAGUCCAAGCCCAUCCAGCCGCAGAAAAACAAGAUGAACAUGAAUAUUCUCCGGCAAGAGAAGCUGAUAGCUCAGAAGAAGAGGGAGAUUGAGGCCAGAAUGGCAGAGCAAGCAAAAGUGAACGUGCAAACCCCGAGCAAACCCCUGCCUCCAAGUUCUCCCAGUUUUCACGGAGGUUCCUCAAACAAGUUUCUAAACGAUGGAAGCUUCUUACAGCAGUUCAUGAGGAUGCAGAAGGACAAACCCAACAAUGGCUCUGCUUCCACCACUGAUGCCAAAUGUCCCACAGCUUCGACUUCACCACCAGGAGGAAACGCGCUGCAGAAAAAGAGCAUUCUCGUUGGCAAGCGGCCCGGCCUCGGAGUCAGUAGCAUGCUCAGUCAGUUCAAGAACUACUCGCACUCCAAGAAGAAUCCUGUUCUCAGCCAGAGGCCGAGCGUGUUCUGUUCUCCGGACGAUGAAGAUGAGGAAGAAGAGGAUGAUUACUCCAGAUUCUUAGAGAUGAAAGUCUCUCCCCCAGAGGAUUCAGACAUCCGACUCAUUGUCGACAAGAUGGCCUCCUUUGUGGCGGAGGGAGGAGCUGAGCUGGAGAGAAAAGCCAAGGACGACUACAAGGACAAUCCUGUUUUCUCAUUUUUAUACGAUAGGAGCACCAUGGAGUAUCUCUACUUCAAAAACAGAGUUGCCGUUUUGAGAAAGGAUUUGCUAAGACCUGAGAAUACGUCAGAUAAUGUCUCCCCCCCAGUGGACCCGGAAACCCAGCAGAUGGCUGAGAAGCUGGCCAGGUUUGUGGUCGAGAGCGGCCCCGAGGUGGAAGCCAUUGCUGCUGAGCGAAACCGAGACAACCCUGCCUUCAGUUUUUUAUAUGACCAUCAAAGUCCAGCCCACCGCUUCUACAAAGAGAAAGUUCGGGAGUAUCGGGCCGCAGCCUCCCAGGGCUCCUCACCUCCAGCAGAGAAAUCCUGGACGGACCUUCGGCGACCAGCCGCGCCACCAUUAUCAGUAAUCCCUCCACCACUGAACCCCGAACUCCACAUUCAAGAGGCCGAAACUCCACCUGUCAAGCGGAAGAGAAAGAGUAGAUGGGGGUCUGAGGAUGACAAAGUGGAGUUGCACAUUCCUCCCAUCAUCGCUCCUCCAGAGUAUAAUGUUCCAGAACCCAACACACCCUCUCUCUCCGUCCAGGAUCUGAGAACUCUUGGUUAUAAGAAGGGGAAGCCUCUCGGUCUGGUAGGAGUGACGGAACUAUCUGAGGAUCAGAAGAAACAAAUCAAAGAACAACAAGAGAUGCAAGAGAUGUACGACAUGAUCAUGAAGCACAAGCGUGCGAUGGCAGAGAUGCAGGUGAUGUGGGAGAAGGCCAUUAGAGACCACCAACAUGAAUAUGACAGCGAUGAAGAGGUGGACCAGCAGGCGGGCACCUGGGAGCAUCGUCUCCGACAUUUGGAAAUGGAGAAGACCCGCGAGUGGGCUGAAUCUCUGACAGAUAUGGGUAAAGGGAAACAUUUUAUUGGUGACUUCCUGCCCCCAGAGGAGCUGGAUAAGUUCAUGGAGACCUUCAAGGCACUCAAGGAGGGCCGGGACCCAGACUACACAGAAUACAAAGAGUUUAAGUUGACGGUGGAGAAUCUUGGUUUCCGAAUGCUCAUGAAGAUGGGCUGGAAGGAGGGUGAAGGCCUGGGCAGUGACGGACAGGGCAUCAAGGCUCCUGUCAACAAGGGAACUACCGCUAUGAACGGAGCAGGGUUUGGAGUUGACCGUCCAGCGGAGCUCUCAAAGAGUGAUGAUGAGUACGAUGCUUUUAGAAAGAGGAUGAUGCUUGCUUACCGCUUCAGGCCCAACCCACUGAAUAAUCCACGGAGACCAUAUUACUGAAGUAGAGGACUGUUUUUGUUUGUACUUGUUUUUAGUUUAUCAUAACUUAAAAGCUGUUUUCUGCAGCUAUCUGCUAUCUCUGCUCGGUUGUGGAAUGGACUGUGUUGCAGAAACCUUUUAAUUUGUGUGACAUGUAGGAAGAUUAGACUAUCUAUUACAUUUGAGGUUUAAUUUGAGUGAGAAAAUGUUUCUUUAAAUAAUUGAUCACCUGUUUUAUACCAUUUCAAUGUAACACACUAACAACGUGAAACAUAUAGGCUCACAUCGCCUGACUUCCAGAAUGAUUUCACUCUUCAGUUUGUGUUUCCAUUUUGUUCUUUUCAGAGCUUGACUUUGCAUUCUCAACUAUACUGUACACUAUAACAGUUCUGUCUUAGUGCACAAUCCUCUGUAUAGUUUUUUUGCAUCUCACUGUGCUAUAACUGAUAUUUGAUUCCUGUCAUAUGCUUCAGUGUUCACAAUAAAUGUCCAUUUACUGAAA